CUUCCGUGUAUGUAUUUAAUGAUCGAAGUUAAAUGUUGUUAUUUCAGAAAAAAAUUCUUGCAGGGUUGUUUUUGUAAGCAGGCUAAAUAGAAUAGCAUUGACGAUUUUAUUUACAUUUAAUACAAUUUAUUUACAUUUAUUGUACCCGAGAUACUGAAAUGCACAUGAGUAAAAACCGAGAGAUAACGAAGAUUUAUUCUAAAAACAGAUGUCAUUUAGAGAUUCCAACUUUGAUUUCAGUUACUUUCAGUGCGUGUGUUCACAUGUGCACACAUGUUUAUGGGCAGGAGUCUGUAGUGUGUAAAAAAGAUGUCAUUUCAUAAAUACCUUUUAACUUUGAAAGUAUGUUUGAAAUAUUUUUCGUGGCCUAAAAUUUUUUCUACACCACUACACGAAUAAGCUAAGAGAAGUAAGAACACUAACUGUAUGUUUAUGCAUGUGUGUGUGCAUGCUUCUAUAUUAACCUUUUAUCCAGGCUUAUGUUUCAGCCUUGAAUUUGUUUCAGGUUUUCUCCAUUAGCAAACUCUCUGUCAAAAGACUUUUACUCUUGUAUCCAUUACUUUACUGUCUGGUUGUUACGGGGUCUAUCCUAAAGUCUGACCACUUGGUUCAGGUGGAGGCUGUGCUGAGUAUUACCUGUCUGACCAGAGGCACAUUCCUUAGAGUGUGAGAGUCGGGUCCUGUGUAAGAGGGAAACAAAUACUAACUUAAUGGGGUGCUAUGUUUUUAAACACGUUAACACUUGUAAAGCAUGAGGGUAAUACUGACCAUUUGGGGAGUGUUCAAAACUUUGUCGGUUUGGUUAUCAUCAGCUUUCCAUUUUUCCAGUUUUCACCUUUCAUUGACACUCCUCUGCAUUUGGUCAUCCUGGAAGACAUUGUUCAUGGUCGAGCUCAUGCAGAUUAGCUGUCAUACAGCGGAAUGGUUGACUUUCAGGGAUGUGGCCAUCAAAUUCUCUCAGGAGGAGUGGGAGUGCCUGGGCCCUGCCCAGAGGGCCUUGUACAGGGACGUGAUGGUGGAGAACUACCGGAACCUGGUCUCCCUGGAGAUCUCUACUAGAUGUAUGAGCAAAGAAUUACCACCAAAAGAAGACAUUAAUAAUGGAGAAUUAUUCCAAACAUUAAUUUUGGAAAGACACAUAAUUCAUAAGUUUAAUGAUUUUGAUUUGAGGAGGGUCCAAGAUGUAAACAAAUUUGAGACUCAGUGGCUUUAUGAAGGAAAAGGUUAUGAAGACACUGCAACCCAUUACAAAAAUCUCACCUAUAGAAAACAUCAACAACAUCAUAAAUUCUGUAAUCAUUUUCCUGUAAAGCAUAAUGUUUCCAUAGGAAGAAGUACCUCUGAAUAUUACAAACAUGAUACGACAAAUAAGGCACUAAAAAACAAGGCAGGCUCUUCAGGAAGCAAGUACAGAGACUGUUUGGACAAUAGGCUUGGAUUAAGCUUUCAUUCACAUCUGGCUGAGCUACAGAGAUUUCAAACCCAAGAGGAAAUUCAUGAAAGUAAUCAAGCUGAGAAGUCUACCAGAAAGACUUCAGUUUCACUUCAAAAAAUUCCUUUUAGAUUUUUUAAAAUAAAUUUUUAAUAUUU